CCGUUACAUUCAGAAUAUCUCACACACCUCUGCGAGAGAGAUAGCCGCAGUCGUUACGUCACAGAGGACACGUAACGGGACUGCCUGAGUCUGACCGAAGGAGGCACACAGACUGGGUUAACGGGGACAGAGCAGAGGCAGCAGGACACUUUCACCGGAUACUCCACACACACAAGGCCUGAAACUAUCGAUUCCUGCUCAGUGUUGACACAGAAGACCAAAUAUAGAAAUGGUGUUCAGAGGCAUAAUAACAGAUGCUCCGGACUUUGAUCCCUCCACUGACGCAGAGACCCUUUACAAUGCUAUGAAAGGCAUGGGAAGUGAUAAAGAAGCCAUAUUGGACCUGGUCACUUCAAGGAGCAAUGCACAGAGGCAGGAAAUCAUUGCAGCGUACAAAUGCAAUUUUGGACAGGACCUGAUUGAAGAUCUGAAGUAUGAGCUGACGGGCAAAUUUGAGCGCCUCAUUGUCAGUCUGAUGAGAACCCCAGCCUACCAUGAUGCCAAAGAAAUUCAUGAUGCACUCAAAGGAGCUGGAACCAAUGAGAAAUGCCUUAUUGAAGUCAUGGCAUCCAGAAACAACCAACAGGUUCAAGACAUGGUUGCAGCGUACAAGGAUGCCUAUGGCAGUGACAUUGAGGAGGAUAUAAUCGCAGACACCUCAGGUCACUUUAAGAAGAUGCUGAUUGUUUUACUUCAGGGGACCAGAGAUGAGUCAGGAGUGGUGGAUGCAGAUCUGGUGGAGCAAGAUGCACAAGAUCUGUAUGCAGCCGGAGAGGAGCAGUGGGGGACUGACGAGGCCAAAUUCAUCAUGAUUCUGGGAAACCGCAGCAAGACCCACCUUCACAUGGUUUUCGAUGCAUACGAGAAGAUUGCAGAGACGACCAUAGAGGACAGCAUAAAGAAUGAGUUGUCUGGGGACUUUGAGAGGCUGAUGCUGGCUGUUGUCCAGUGCGUAAGGAGCGUUCCCAUGUUCUAUGCAAAGCGCCUUUACAAGUCAAUGAAGGGUCUCGGUACAGCUGACAACACCCUGAUCAGGAUCAUGAUUUCUCGCUCUGAAAUAGAUAUGUUGGACAUUAGGGAGUGUUUCCGUUUAUUGUAUGAGAAGUCUCUUUAUAACAUGAUUAAGGAUGACACAUCGGGGGAUUACAAGAGGACUUUGCUUAAUCUGUGUGGAGGAGAUGAUGACUUAGCUGGAGAGUUCUUCCCUGAAGCUGCUCAGAUAGCCUACAAGAUGUGGGAAAUAAGUGCCAUGACCAAAGUCCAGCUGAGGCCAUCACUCCGUCCUGCUCUCAAUUGUGACCCAGCUGCUGAUGCACAAGCACUGAGGAAAGCUAUGAAGGGAUUUGGAACGGAUGAAGAUGCAAUCAUUGACAUUAUUGCACAAAGAAGCAAUGCUCAGAGGCAAGAGAUCAGACAGACAUUCAAAUCCCUCCUGGGAAGGGAUCUGAUGAAGGAUCUUAAGUCUGAGUUGUCAAAGAACCUAGAGCGGCUGAUCAUCGGGCUCAUGUUGACCCCUGCAGAGUUUGAUGCCAAAAUGAUGAAGAAGGCAAUGGAGGGGGCUGGGACAGAUGAACACGCGCUGAUCGAGAUCCUGGUCACCAGGAGCAAUGACGAAAUACUUGCCAUGAAUGCUGCUUAUCAAAACGGAUAUAAGAAGUCUAUGGAGGAAGCCAUUCAUUCAGAUACAUCAGGCCUCUUCUGCCGCAUCCUUGUUUCUCUUGCGCAGGGUGCAAGAGAGGAGGGCCAUGCCGAUGAGGAAAGAGCUAUUGCAGAUGCUCAGGAACUUGCCGAUGCAUGCAACGCCGACUCUGAUGACAUGGAGAACAAGUUCAUGAGCAUUUUGUGCACCAGAAGCUUUCCCCAUCUCAGAAAAGUUUUCCAGGAGUUUGUCAGAUACUCCAACAAGGACAUUGAACAGAUUAUCAAGAAGGAGAUGUCAGGAGAUGUCAAAAAUGCUUUUUAUGCUAUAGUUCGCAGCGUAAAGAACCAGCCCUCUUAUUUUGCAGACCGUCUGUACAAAGCCAUGAAGGGCCUCGGUACAGACGACAGAGCACUGAUCCGCAUCAUGGUGUCCCGUAGCGAGAUCGACCUAUUCAACAUUCGCAAAGAGUUCAAGGAAACACAUGAUGUCUCCCUCCAUGAAUUCAUCCAGGUAGAAACUAUGAUCGGUGAUACCUCAGGAGACUACCGUAAAACCCUGCUGAUGCUGUGUGGAGGGGAGGAUUAAACUCGUCAAGUCCCUGCAGUUCUGUUCACAUACUUCAAUGAAAAACCAAAUGGAGACAAGCUCAAGAGUCAAACUGCUCUGGUUAAUGUCAGUACCUGUUGUCAGUGUCCCUGCUUCAACUCCUCAGCCAAACCAAGUGACCUAUGACCUCUCAGCCUUGCAAGACAGUUUUCUCUCUCAUUUCUGAUCAUCCUCUCUCUCUGGAUGAUGUCUUCCUUUUUUUUUUACAGUCAUAUGUAACAUGAAGGGGUUCACGUUGGUGUAGAAAUAGAAGACAUUGGAAAAUUAGCAAAUUGAAUAGUGCCUUCAGAUCCAGGCCUUCAAACGAUUACUGUGAUUUUAAGAUAUCAUAUAGACCUUACUAAUUGAUUAAAAGCACCAAAAUAUUCUUGUCUGUUUCUUUUUUGCUUGACAAACAUUGGAAUACAUUUUGUCAUUAUCAUAAACAUUAAUGUAAAAUGUAAAUAAUUUCCUCUCACUGUUCCGUUGUUGUUUCUUCUUUUUUUUUUACAGUAAUGUCCUGGGUGUGGUGCCCUGGUUUGUGUUUGACAGGGCAGUUCAAUGAUUAACUCUGUUGAUAUUGGCAAUAGCAGGGGGCUGAGCAGAAAAGGAACCAAAAUAUUUAACAGCAGGAAACUCCCACUCGAAUUCAUCUGCUUAACAAACUCAAUAAUACCCACAUUCUUAUUGUUGAUAACCUUUUACUAGCCUACAAUGUAUUCAUGUAAACAAAGGAUGAUAUUACAGAAUAAUUCAAAUGUAUUCAAAGACAUAGUUUUCUUAUAGAUAUAUUAUAGAUGGCAGCUAGUAGCUUUAUGUCAAACAAAUCAAGCUUGACAUUCAAACAGACUGUAGAAAUAUAGCUUGACAUCAUUGGAUACAUGACGGCCUACCAUGGCUGAACAGCUAUUUACACGUCUGCACAUUUAAAUGAACAAAAAUAAAAUAUUUUCUUUACAGUGAACCGAUUAAACAUGUCACUUAACACUGGAUGUUAUGUGUCUCAGUUGGACUUGUUUACUUGUAGCAAAGUACAAGGCAGCUGUGUCUUUUCUUGUCAGUGUCUCAGUUCAUUGCGUAUGUGUGAGCGCAGCUGUUGUCAGGCCAUCUUUGAGUUAAAAGAGGAAAGAAGAAAAAAGACGUAUGUGGCGAGGAAAUCCCCUGCAGUACGCCAAAAUCCAAGGCAACAAAUAGAGUCUGCAGCAGUCAGUCACACAAUUUAAUGGCAUACCCAACCCUAAAUUGCUCCAUUUGAUGAUAAUUAUGAGAGAUUAAGAGAUUACUUCAGUAAGACUUUGUUAGAUUGCAGACUAUGUCAAAUAUGCAUUUAGAAUUUCCCUUUUGACAGCUUGGUGAAGUUUGAAUUUAGCUGUUGUUCAGAACGGAUUACAUUUUUCUCUUUUAUUGAUUUCAUCAAGGUUUAAAUAUUUUUUUUAAAACUGAUAUGUCCUCAGACAGAAUUAUGAGUGUGUAUUGAGCAUGUGACUUUUUUCAUCUACAGCUGCCAUAAUUAAAGUGGCAUUACGAUUUGAUCAUGCAAUAAAAACACAUGCAGUAUUGUACAUACGAGUUAGUAUGUAUAAGAUGUCAUCUGUACAUUUUC